GUGGCCUUCGUGCGGAAGAAAUGAUAGAAUAAUCGCCCAUAAUAAUGGCGACCAUGGUGGAGGAUCAGAAUUCGAUUGAUAUGAAUGAGGAUAAGGAUUCGUCAUUCGACCAGGUCACGCACAAUUGGGUGGACAUCACUCAAGAGUUCUUCGAGGCGAUCACAGAAUUGGAACUGGGAGAAUUGUUACAUGAUGAGCUGUUUGGGUUAUUCGAAGCCAUGUCUGCCAUUGAGAUGAUGGAUCCAAAGAUGGAUGCUGGCAUGUUGUGCAAUCGAGGGAACAACAAACCUUGCACUUUCACCCAGGCAGUUGAUUCAGGCGCAAUCAAAUUAGACAAUUUUACACCUGCCGAAAUUAUAGGAAUAAUAGAUUCCACAUAUGCGUGUAUAGUAUCUUGGUUGGAGGGUCACAGUCUUGCGCAAACAGUUUUCACAAACUUGUACUUGCAUCAACCCGCGCAAAUACUAGAUAAGCCUCUGAAGACUUUCUGUUAUGCAGUGUACAAAAUAAUAGAGAUAAUCAAGGAUUGCAUUAAUAAAGCUUUGGUAUUUGAAGAGGAGGACUUCCAAAGCGUUACUUAUGGCUAUAGAUUACAGCAAGACAUUACAGAACAGAAAACUAUAUCGAUGUUGCGAGAAGUGGAGGAAGAAUUACAUCGGAAAAGCAGAAUAAAACCAGUUGAUGUUGAAUCUGAGACUGAGUAUAAUGAUGGAAUAGCCCUUUAUGCAAGGAUCCGAUUCACCAAAAUGUUUUAUCAAGUGUUAACAUUGAUGGGCCGAAAACAGCAACUACAACAGAAUUUAAGUGAUUGUCAGAGAUUAUUAUCAAAUUGUUCCGAUAUGCUUCAUAUUAUGAUUUUAACAGUGGGUCGUGGCGAAAAAGCUAAUGAAGUUUCUAAUCAUCCGAAUAUUAUGGGAUUCGAUCCUAUGGUGAAUCAAAGAUUGUUGCCACCAACGUUCCCUCGGUAUACGAAAAUUAAGCCGAGGAUAGAUGCUUUGGAAUAUUUAUUGGAAUUAAUAAGUAGAUUCAAAAUGGUUACAAAGAUUACAAAUCACACCGGAUUUCACGCCGCUCUGGACUUUUUCUUAGAAUUUUCGCGUCAGAGUCCGUGCAUAUUGUCUAGGUCUAUGCUGCAAAUCGUUUAUUUGCCUACCACUAAUCGUGUGUUUGGUAUGCACAAUUUCGCCGACGUGCUAAAAGAUGCGGCGCGAAAUUUUAUUGCACCACCAGUGUUGAUGCCAAAGAGUACAUUGCUUCAAAAUCACCAGGCUAAGGAGUAUGUCGAUAGCUUUUUAUCGCAUUGUGUCAGUUUAUUUGGAAGCUUAUUACAGCUUAGUGGUCAUAAUAGGGCAAGGCAAAGAGAUAAACUAGCGCAUUUAUUGGAGGAUUUUGCGACACUGCAAGAUGAAGCAGAGAGAGUCGAUGGAUAUUUGCAUUCUCUAUCUUUAAAAAGUGAUACGCCAAGACCUCACUUGGCUUGCUUUGGUACCUGGAUUUUGUACCACACGCUACGUGUGAUGGUUAUGUAUCUGUUAAGUGGCUUUGAGCUCGAGUUAUAUUCGGUACACGAAUAUCACUAUAUCUUUUGGUAUCUAUAUGAAUUUCUGUAUGGUUGGCUCGUAUCUGCGAUUACACGAGCCGACACUUUUUUAAUGGAGCAGGAUGUACACAAUGAUACACAUAAAGGCAGAGGCGGGAAGAAGAGUUCUAAAAAUAAAAAAAAGAAAUCGACUCCAAGACCAUACAAUUUGGAAAUAUUAAUGUACCAGGCAUUGCAAAAUAUAUGUGGCGGAUAUUAUAAAGCUUUAGUUGGUUUUCGCAUGGAUGGAAAAAUACCGCUCCCAGAGAUGCAGUUCGACUCGGAGCGAGUGAGAUAUGAACACAGAUUAUUACCAUUCUCGUCUUUAUUAACACCACCACCCGUUCAUUAUCAAGAAUUUUUAGAUAUGACAAAUGCUCAAAUGCAUAAGAGAAAUGAAAAAGUUACUAGCGAAAUGCAGUAUAUCGCUGGUUGCCGACAUUUUCAUCAAGCUAGAAAUAUGUUAGAACGUGCAUUAUUGCUUUAUCCAUCAAAUAGCUUAAUGGAAAAUGAAAUCAACAACUUAUUGAAAGUAGCAAAAACUAAUUUUGUGGUGCUAAAACUAUUAGCUGAUGGACACAAAAAAGACUCGAAAGAACCACCAUUGUUCGAUUUCUCUUGUCAUAGGCAUUUUCCUCUGAUUAAAAUAACCUAAAUUACAUAUCUGUAUCGAUUAUUUUUCCACGAUAUAAAGAACAUGUUAUUUAUUUCAAAUUCUUUUAUAUAAAAGAGUAUCUAUCUUUGA